ACUGAUACCCUCACCCUCCCCCACUCCCCAUUGCACACUGUACCCCCCUCUCACUGCCACCUGCCCCCAGGCCCCAAAAUUCACCAGCAUAGUCACCCUACAUCCAUAAAACAUCCGGUGACUGUAGCAACUCCUCAGCGGCGCGAGACCCAAAUAAAGUCUCCAUUUUCAUCCCUCUGUUUCUGCAGAAACAGAUUACCCAAAAACAGAGGAGAGCACAAAGUUGCAGAGAUGGUGGGAAAGUAUUCCUGAGAUUUGGCUUCCAAUCCUAUUAAAACUAUUAUAUUAUAAGAUCCCCCUCUUUGUGUAAAUAUAUAUAUAUGUAUGUAUCUGUGUUUGUAUAUAUGGUUGCUGGAAGGUAACAGGAGCUGAAGAAUGGCGUUUCUUGAUGAUUGGAGCAUGGAAAACAGAGUGUAUAGUUGAGUUUCUGAUCAACAAUGGCGAUUUCCGGUUCAGAAUCACAGUCGCCGGGUCUGAAAUCCGGUUCUCAACUGGAAGUGGAGCACAUCAAAUGCGAAUCUUGCGGCUUCACUGAGGAGUGCACUUUGCUUUACAUAGCUCGGAUCCAGGAGAGAUACAAUGGAAGAUGGAUUUGUGGGCUGUGCGUUGAAGCAGUGAAAGAUGAAGUAGUGAGAUCAGAAGGGCUUAUCAGCACCGAAGAAGCUCUGGACAGGCACAUCAGUUUCUGCAAAAAUUUUCAGUCUUCCAGCCCCCCUUCCGGCGCUACGGAUCACCCCAUUUCCGCCAUCGGAAAGCUUCUCCGGCGAAGCUUGGAUUCUCCGAGAGCCCUCCGGUCGACGCCGAACAGCCCGGUUGGGGCGGUUCGCCGGCCGCAGUUGAUUCGCUCAGAGAGCUGCUUCUCUUCCCUGUCUCGUGUGAACAGAGAUUGUUCAAGUUCUCAAGCCCAUUUCCUUCUGAUUUUGUCUCAGUUUGGCACAUAAUUGAAGGAAUGGUGCUUGAGCUUUGCUAGAGAAGGCCAUAUCCUCAUCUUUGAGACGAGAAUGGAUUUUUCAAAUGCUCUGUUGAGGAAGAAGCUUCUGGCUUCUGGGUGAGUGUGUAUGUGGGGGAAGAAUCUUCCACAAAGUCUGAAAAAUUAUUAGAUAUGACAAAGACUUAUGUGGGACAGAAACAAUCACUCAAACCCAAUCAUUUUAUCCCCAAAAUUUUUUGCAACUUUGAAUAUCCACAUUUUACAUUUUCUUUGCUAGUAGUUUCACCUAAUUCUGCAUUUGGUGUCUCUUGUGUUUCAUGCAUCUGCUGUCUCAGUCACCCCUUUUCUUAAUCUUUUUAAAACCAUUCAUAGAAUUGACUGACAUGUUCACCCUUAUAUAAUAGAUUUACACUUCGUAUACUGUUAUUAACUUAUUGCAUGCAUCUGGAACUGCAAUAUUUUGUUUUUAAUCUUUUCUAUAGAUGAGAACCCAUUAUAGUGAUGGUGUUGUUGAAGUGAGACUUAUAACCCGCACUGUAAUCUCCAUUAUUGGGCCUAGCUCUAAUAAAUUAUUCCGUAACUGUUGGUUCA